UCACAGCUUUCUCCUUUUUCGUAAAGACAGCCUUCAUGAGUUUACUUGAGGAAGAUAUAACGAGCAUUGCCUUGACUGAGCGGAGAUCUUCUCUCGUUCGACGACCCAAUCAAGAGCGAGGUUUCCCGUUACAGAGGAACGAGAGUGAAACUAAUUCCACCAUUCGCCGUAACAGCAAGGAUCGCGUGGUUGAAUUCGAAGAAAGUACCCUCAUUGAAUCAGGAACUUAUGAUCUCACCAAUCAGCAGCAACGUACCGAGGUUUUAGAGCUCACUCCGAACCAAACCCCAACUAUUAGCCGCGCAAAUUCUGAUGCUAAUUUGGUCGCUUCCAGCACUGGUGUCGAAUUCUCACUUCCUCCCGUCGACGGCGGAUUCAACGCAUGGAUGGUCUUGCUUGGAGGUUUUGUAAUUGAAGGAUUUGUUUGGGGCUACACCUCCAGUUUCUCUGUCUACCUGCAGCAUUACCAAAAGCAACCAGAGUUUGCCGGUGCCAGUGUCACUGAGUUGACCAUUAUCGGUACUCUGGCUACCGGUAUAUCGUACAUUGGAGGAUUUUUGGUAGGUUUGCUCGGUGGUCGGUUCACUCUCAAAACCAUGAUGUAUGCUGGGUCGGUUACCAUGGUGAUUGCCCUUGUGGCAGCCAGCUUUGCUACUCAGGUCUGGCAUCUCAUCCUUACUCAAGGAUUUCUUUUCGGUCUUGGUGGAGCUUUCGUUUACAACUCUUUGUGUAUGUUUAUACCCAUCUAUUUCUUCAAGUAUCGCGGCAUUGCUAGUGGAUUCAUCUAUGCUGGUGCGGGAGUGUUCGGUUUAGCUUGCCCAACUUUGAUUGAUAUGAGUUUAAAGUCGAUCGACUGGCGCUGGACACUUCGAAUUGUGGCCCUAUUUGUCUUGGUGUUCUGCCUAGGCUCGUCAUUUGUCAUUCGACCUCGUCAUAGUACCGAUGAUGCAAGAUCAUACGCUAGUUUAAGCCGUAAAGAUUUCGCUUUCAUCAAAAACAAGCGAUUUCUCAUUAUGGCCGGAGCCGUUUUAUUCCAAGGUCUCGGAUUCUUUGUACCCAAUUUGUUCAUUCAACCUUAUGCUCAAUGGCUCGGAUCUUCAGAGCAAGUUUCCACCAUUAUGCUGUCCAUUUUGAACGCUGCAACUAUCAUAGGUCAGCUUGCUUUGGGUCACGUUUGCGAUCGUUACGGUUACGCUACUUCCGCUGUCAUUUCCUCAGGCAUAGCUAGCUUGAGUGUCUUCUUGUUAUGGGGAUUUGCUGGCCAAUCAUUCGGCUUGUUGAUUGCCUUUGCUGUCAUUUAUGGUACAUUUGGCAGUGGUUUCACGAGCAGCUUUCCUUCCAUUGUUACCGAUAUUGCCGGCACAGAAUAUCGCAAACCUAUUCUUAUUAAUGGUGUUUUCAUGCUACUCAGAGGCAUAGGUAACGUGGUUGGAAAUCCUAUCGGAUCAGUCAUUCUUACUUCAACUAGUGGUGCUGCAGGUUGGGCUGACAUGAGUUACUUUGUCGGCAGUACGUUGAUUGCAAGUGCUGUGUGCGGUGCAGUUAUUCGCUUCAUGCCCUCUCGGAUUGCUUAAUGCAUUGUUAGCUAUGCGCCU